AUGGCCAAUGGCAUUGAAGAUCUUAUCGGGAUCCCAUUCCCAAACCACAGCAGCGAAGUCCUGUGUGGUUUAAACGAGCAGCGGCAUGACGGUCUCCUCUGCGAUGUCAUCCUCAUCGUGCAGGACCAGGAGUACCGGACCCAUCGGUCUGUCCUUGCUGCCUGCAGCAAGUACUUCAAAAAACUCUUCACUACUGGCACUUUAACAGACCAGCCCUAUGUUUACGAGAUUGACUUUGUCAAGCCUGAAGCACUUUCUGCCAUCCUCGAGUUUGCCUACACCUCGACCCUCACCAUCACCACCUCAAAUGUCAAGCACAUCCUCAGCGCUGCCAAGAUGCUGGAGAUCCAGUGCAUUAUCAACGUAUGCCUUGAAAUCAUGGAGCCCGACAGAGAGGUGGAAGAGGAAGAUGACAAAGAGGACGACGACGAUGAUGAGGAUGAAGACGAAGAUGAGGAGGAGGAGGAGGAGGAGGAGGAAGAAGUGGAAGAUUUUGUCAAUCAGGAGAACCUAACUGAUGUCCAAGAAGUAAGCUGUCACCAAAGCCCUUCUAAGUCUGAUCUUACCGAAGAAGCAUACACAGAAGCACCUAAAGACUUUCCAAAUCACUACCCAGCCAGUAACUCCUCCGGACACUUGGGUGUGAUACGAGACUUCUCCAUCGAGUCCUUGCUAAGGGAGAACUUGUACCCUAAGGCGAACAUCCCAGAAAGGAGGCCAGCUCUCUCUCCUUUCACCCCCAGCUUCUUCCCCCAUCUGUGGAAUGGCGAUUUUAGCGCCUUUCCCCAGCUCGAAGAGCCACAAGUAGACAACGGCCCCUUGGAUCUGGUGAUCAAAAAGAGGAAGAUCAAGGAAGAGGAGGAGAAGGAAGACCUGCCUCCACCUCCUUUCCCUAAUGACUUCUUCAAGGACAUGUUUACCAACACCCCAGCGGCUCCCUUAGGGCAUAUUAAGGCAGAGACCGACUACGGCGCUUAUCUCAAUUUCCUCAGUGCUACCCAGUUUGGAGGAGUUUUUCCUCCCUGGCCCCUGGAGGAAGAGAGGAAGAUAAAGCCCAAGGCGUCCCAGCAGUGUCCCAUCUGCAACAAGGUCAUCAUGGGGGCCGGGAAGCUGCCCCGGCACAUGAGGACCCACACGGGGGAGAAGCCGUACAUGUGCACUAUCUGUGAAGUCCGCUUUACCAGGCAGGACAAGCUGAAAAUCCACAUGCGGAAGCACACGGGGGAGCGGCCGUACCUGUGCAUCCACUGCAACGCCAAGUUCGUGCACAACUAUGACCUGAAGAACCACAUGCGCAUCCACACGGGCGUGCGGCCCUACCAGUGCGAGUUCUGCUACAAGAGCUUCACCCGCUCCGACCACCUCCACCGCCACAUCAAGCGGCAGAGCUGCCGGAUAGCGCGGCCGCGGCGGGGCCGCAAGCCGGCGGCGUGGCGGGCGGCCAGCCUGCUCUUCGGCCCCGGCGGCCCGCCGGUGGACAAGGCCUUCGUGAUGCCCCCAGCGCUGGAGGAGAUGAGCGGCCACCUCGGCGGCGCCGCCGUGUGCCUUCCCGGCCCCAGCCCCAAGCACUUUAUGAGCGGGGCCAAGACGGCGUUCAGCCUGCAGGAGCUGGAGAGCCAGUUCGAGGACACCCAGAUGAAGCUGCUCAGGCGAGCCCAGCUGGACAUGGAGAGGAACGCGAGCAUUUUCGCCUUCGCCCUAGGCCACAACGAGAACCUCGCGGCCCAACCUUUCUUCCCGCUCCCCGACCCUUGGAGCACGGGCUUCAGCGGCCUGGCGGGGCUCGGCCACGUGGCUCCCAUCUCGGAGGGCAACAACUAG